AUGUUCAAUUCGAAGAGACCGUGUGUACGUAAAGAUUGUCCAUUAGCACAACGUACUGUUAGGGAUGGAGAUUUAAUAGGGAUAAACUAUCCAUUACGUUCUCCAUUCAGCACCAACAUUCAUCCGAAUGCUCGAUGGCAACAAAAUGGUAUCACUGUGGCUGGAGGAAAUCGACAAGGCAAUGGAAUCAAUCAACUCUCAAACCCAUGGGGUUUGUAUGUUGAUGAUGAUCAAACAAUCUAUGUUGCUGAUCAAUCAAAUCACCGUAUUGUGGAAUGGAAACGAGGUGCAACAAGUGGCCAAGUGGUUGCCGGUGGAAAUGGACAAGGAAGUGGAGAUCAUCAAUUGGAUGACCCAUAUGAUGUGAUUAUCGACAAAGAGAGAGAUAGUCUCAUCAUAUGCGAUACUUCGAAUGGAAGAGUGGUUCGAUGGCCUCGUCGAAAUGGGACAAGUGGAGAAACAAUCAUCUCCAACAUCUCUUGUUGGGGUUUGACAAUGGACGAGAAUGGAUCUCUCUAUAUCACUGACUAUGGAGAAGCUGAAGUGAGACGAUAUCGAAGAGGAGAAUCUCAAGGAACAGUGGUUGCAGGUGGCAAUGGACGUGGAAAUCGUCUCGAUCAACUCUCUUUCCCACGAUACGUAUUCGUCGAUCGAGAUCAUUCAGUGUACGUAUCUGAUCGGAUAAAUCAUCGUGUGAUGAAAUGGAUGGAAGGUGCAAAACAAGGCAUUGUCGUGGCUGGUGGUCAAGGAGAAGGAAAUGAUCUUACACAAUUGUCAUCUCCUCUAGGAGUCGUUGUCGAUCAAUUGGGCACUGUCUAUGUGGCUGAUGCAGGGAAUAAUCAAAUCAUGCGUUGGCAUAAAGGAGCCACACAAGGAAGUGUCAUUGUUGGUGGAAACGGUAAAGGAGAACAAUCGAACCAACUCAAUGGACCCAUCGCAACACGUACAUCUUAUUGUUUUCAUUUCACGCAAGCCAUUUAUCGAGCGAUACAACGAGUCGGUUUAUCAACAAGUUAUAAUAAUAAUGAUGGUGUCAACCAAUAUUGUCGAAAGUUGAUGGCUCUUCGCCUAUUCCCAGAAGCUAUUAUUGAAAAUACAUAUGAUGAAUUAAUUGCAACAAUGUCAAUAAACUUGAGAAACGUACUGAAUGAUUUAAUGGAAUAUUUUCAAGAGGAAUGGUUUUUGAAAGUUUCGAUUUCUCAAUGGUAUGUUCAUGGUAUGAAUAUGAGAACCAAUAAUAAUGCCGAGGCAUUUCAUAGUCGGUUUAAUCAUCGAGUACAAGUUAAUCAUCCAAAUAUUUGGUCGUUUAUACAAUUUCUACAAGGAGAAGAGAAUAGUUUUCACCAUAUGCGUAUUCAAUUUAGUGCAGGCUUAGGACCAAGACCAAAGCAAGCAAAAGCAAUUGCUAUUCAACGCCGUAUCGAUAAUCUUGGGAAAAGAUAUUAUGACUGUGCUAUAAAUGCUAUGGAAUACUUCGAUGGAUUAUCAUUUAUAGUUGCUAAACGAAAAAAAUGA